AAUGCAAAAAAGCCAUUAGAGUUUAUAGAAAUUUUCGAGGACGGCUCUUUUCGACGAUCUCGGAUCUAGGGUUUCAAUUCCUCUCUAAAUCCCAGAUCUCACAUUCCGAUUCCAUUCUUUAACCUCGACCAAUCUCUGUACAUCUAGAAGGCAUGGCGCACAGUUACGGAGAGUAUUCGAAGGAAUCUUAUCCUUCUGUAAAGAACAUUCUUCUUUUGGAUUCUGAAGGGAAGCGUGUUGCUGUGAAGUAUUUUUCAGAUGAUUGGCCUAGUCUUGCUGCAAAGUUAAGUUUUGAGAAAUCUCUGUUUGCAAAAACUGCAAAGACAAAUGCACGCUCUGAAGCGGAGAUAACAAUGUUUGAUAGUUAUAUCGUAGUUUAUAAGUUUGUUCAAGACCUGCACUUUUUUGUUACUGCGGGUUCAGAUGAAAAUGAGCUCAUAUUGGCAGCUGUUCUCCAAGGCUUCUUUGAUGCAGUUGGACUUCUUCUCAGGAAUGAUGUCGAGAAGCGAACUGCCCUUGAGAACUUGGACUUAAUUUUGCUAUGCAUUGAUGAAAUUAUUGAUGGAGGAAUUAUUCUAGAAACCGAUGCAAACACUAUUGCAGGAAAGGUAGCAACUAAUGGCGGAGAUAAUACUGUAACUUUCUCUGAGCAGACGUUAUCUCAAGCCUUUGCUACAGCACGGGAGCACCUGGCAAGAUCUCUUCUGAAUUGAUGCUUCAAAUUUUCUCUAAAUCUGUUCUCGUUCCUUAUGCACUGUUUCAUGUUCAGAUUUUUUUUAUAAUUUGAUAUUCCCAGUUCCUAGAUAUAUUUCUCAUCACUGCAUUGAGAUGAUUGAAUGUAUUCACAAUGAAUCUAUGCAUUAAGCCCUAUGCAAUUUUUUCAGACAAGACCUAGCAUGCCAGUUCCUAGAUAUAUACAAUCUCGAUGACAGACUGUACUAGUUCCUUCUACUUUGACUGAAAUAUUUGUGAACAUUAAUUGUUUUCUCUCAUUUUAUUUUCUUAUGUAUUGCUCUUGCA